AUGGGGAACGCGGAGAGUAUGGAGAGCCAACUGGCCGUGAUCCGGUCCAGAGCCGCACCGGUCCGACUCCCGAUGCCUGACGCCGCCGAGCUAGAAGAGAGGUUCUCCAUUGCGCUGAAUUCAAUGAACCUUCCUCCAGACAAGGUGCGUUUGCUGCGUUCCUAUGACAAUGAGAAGAAGUGGGAACUCAUCUGUGAUCAGGAGAGAUUCCAGGUGAAAAACCCUCCGCACACAUACAUCCAGAAGCUACGGGGAUUCCUUGACCCAGCAGUCACACGCAAGAAGUUUAGGAGAAGGGUCCAGGAGUCGACUCAGACACUUCGAGAACUGGAGAUUUCUCUUCGCACAAAUCACAUUGGGUGGGUUCGAGAGUUCCUGAACGAGGAGAAUCGAGGGCUAGAUGUCCUGGUUGAAUACUUGUCCUUCGCUCAAUACGCUGUCACGUUUGAUGGUGAGCAGUCAGAGUCUGGAGGAGACGGAGCUUCUAUUGACUCUCCGUGGAGUCGCUCAAUAGAGGAUCUCCAUGGCGACUGUAGUCUCCCAUCCCCUUCUUCUUCUGUACCUAGAGCAGCUCGACACUCAAUCAGUUCUACUUUGGUGACUCGGUCCAAUACGCUGCCCAGUAGUCGCACUCUAAAAAAUUCCCGACUUGUCUGCAAGAAAGAUGAUGUCCACGUGUGCAUCAUGUGUCUACGAGCCAUCAUGAACUACCAGUAUGGUUUCAACAUGGUCAUGUCCCAUCCGCAUGGCGUCAAUGAAAUUGCUCUGAGUCUCAACAACAGGAAUGCAAGGACCAAGGCUCUGGUAUUAGAGUUGUUGGCGGCUGUGUGUUUGGUCAGAGGAGGUCAUGAGAUCAUCUUGUCAGCCUUUGACAACUUUAAAACUGUUUGCUCAGAGUCCAUGCGUUUCGAAAAACUGAUGGAACAUUUCAAGAAUGAAGAUGACAAUAUCGACUUCUUGGUGGCAUGCAUGCAGUUCAUAAAUAUUGUGGUCCACUCAGUGGAAGAUAUGAACUUCCGAGUCCAUCUACAGUAUGACUUCACUAAACUCAAUCUGGAUGACCACCUGGAGAGGCUGAAGCACACUGAAAGUGACAGACUACAGGUGCAGAUCCAGGCCUACCUGGACAACGUGUUUGAUGUCGGGACACUGCUGGAAGAUGCAGAGACCAAAACUGCAGCUCUAGAAAGAGUGGAAGAGCUGGAGGAGAAUUUGGGCACUAUGUCGGAGCGCCUGCUUGACGUGGAAAAUGAAGCAAUGCUGAAGAUCGUGGAACUGGAAAAACAGCUGAUGCAAACAAACAAAGAGUUGGACCAACUUCGGGACGUGUAUGCCAGUGCCAACACACAGGUGCAUACAUUGAGGCGGAUUGUUCGGGAGAAGGACCAGACCAUUCGCCGUCAAAGCCGUCUAGAGCGACAGGCCCAUGAGGCCCAACAGGCUGGUGGUCCUGGAGCUCCUCAACCCCAAAGAGGAGAAGGUGAUGGUGGGGUGACCAAUUCUGCCUCACCCUCGCCUCCUCCCUGCCCUACUCUCUCUCCUAGCCCAGAGACAGUAGCCUAUCAUAACAUGGGACCAGGAAUGGGGGGUGCUCCAGAUAUGCCAGCCCCACCCCCUCCACCUCCGCCACCACCAAUGCCAGGCACAGUUUCCAAUGGGUUGUUCCCUGCUCCUCCGCCACCUACUCCACCUCCUCCUCCACCGCCUCCUCCUCCUCCGUGCCGAACCAGCGAGCUCUCCUCUACCCUUCCGAUGCCACCUCCUCCUCCACCUGUGGCCCCUCCACUUCCGGGUUGCGGGGGGUCGCCCACUGUCAUCUUUAACUCUGGACUAGCAGAGGGACCACUCAAGUUAUUCUCGGUGAAGAUAAAGAAGCCGAUCCAGACCAAGUUUCGGAUGCCAGUUUUGAAUUGGGUCGCUCUGAAGCCAAGUCAAAUCAACGGCACAGUUUUUAAUGACAUUGAUGACGAAGCCAUCUUGCGGGAUCUUGAUGUGGAGGGCUUUGAGGAACUUUUCAAAACAAAGGCUCAGGGUCCAGCAAUGGACUUAACACUGUCGCGACAGAAACUUCCCCAAAAAGCGCCAUCUCGAGUCUCUUUGCUGGAUGCCAACCGUGCCAAGAAUUUGGCGAUCACCCUGAGAAAAGCCGGCCAGGGUCCGGAGGUCAUCUGCCGUGCCAUUCACACGUUUGACCUGCGGACAAUUCGAGUGGAUUUUGUGGAGUGUCUGAUGCGCUUCCUGCCAACUGAAGCUGAGAUGAAGCUUCUCCGGCAGUACGAGAGGGACCGAAAACCUUUGGAGGCGCUGAGUGACGAAGACAGCUUCAUGAUCCAGUUCAGUCGCAUUGAAAGACUCAACCAGCGCAUGUCCAUCAUGACCUUCAUGGGAAACUUCACUGACAAUGUGCAACUGUUAACGCCGCAACUACAUGCCAUGAUUGCAGCAUCUGUAUCGAUAAAAUCAUCUCAAAAACUGAAGAAGAUACUCGAAAUCAUCUUAGCCCUUGGAAACUACAUGAACAGUAGUAAAAGAGGGGCUGUGUAUGGCUUCAAACUACAGAGCUUGGACCUGCUCCUGGAGACCAAAUCAACAGACAGAACACAGACGUUGCUUCACUACAUUAGCAAUGUGGUCCGAGAGAAAUACCCCACAGCGGCACUUUUCUACAAUGAACUUCACUAUGUGGACAAGGCAGCUGCUGUGAGUCUGGAAAAUGUCUUGUGUGACGUAAAGGAGCUGCAGCGAGGGAUGGAACUCACCUGGCGAGAGUUCAGCGUCCAGCACAACGCUACACUCAAGGAUUUCAUCAGCAGGCACGAAUCGCGACUCAACAAACUUCAGGAGGAUGCACGUAUAGCCCAAGACGCCUUUGAAGAUGUAGUGAAGUUUUUCGGGGAGAGCUCAAAGACGAUGCCGCCAUCCGUCUUCUUCCCCAUCUUUGUUCGUUUCAUCAAAGCUUACAGGUUGGCUGAAGAGGAGAACGAACAGCGAAGGCGUCAGGAGCAGAUGAUGUUGGAGAAGCUGGAACAGGAGGAACAGCAGGAGGAAGAGACCAAGUCUCCGUCUCACAAAGGCAAACGCCAGCAGCAGGAGCUUCUGACAGAGCUGAGACGACGACAAGGAAAGGACAGCCGACAUGUUUACGAAGGAAAGGAUGGUGCGAUCGAAGACAUUAUCACAGCUCUGAAAACUGGCCCCUUCACAGCUCGGUCGGCUAAACGUAGCUCUCGAUUCUUCUGUGACCCCGCCCACCCCGAAGAACAUUACUGA